AUGGACCAACGUUCAUUGACAAAGAAGAGGGGAGGAACAAAUUCCUCGGAGAUAAAUAACACGAAACAAAUGAAAUUGUGUCCAUCCUAUCACAAGGAAUUCAGCUAUUGUUGCUCUUCAAGAAAACAAGAUUUAUUCAAGACUUCCUCGAACACUCGACAAAUGGUGGAGAAAUCUAGCAGUCCUGUGAAAAUUCAAGAUUUAUUUAAGUGCAAUUGCAUCGUAGAUGAAUAUUUGACUAAAGAAAAGAUAGAAGAGUAUUGUUUGUCAGGCAUAGAAACUAUGAGGACCUCUACGCCUAAUAAAAGUAUUGACAAAGAGAAAAUGAUAAAGAAUAUAGAGGAUUUAAAUAAUUCCAAAAACGCGAAUUAUCAUUCAUGUUUGAACGAUUCCAUUGAUUUUAAUCGAAGUCAAAAGAUAGAUUUUACAGCGAAUAACAAGUUGGAAAAUGUUUUUAUGUUAAACAAGUCAAUGCAAGAAGUCUUCUAUACAGCACAGAAUACCGUGUCAAGUAGCAUGCAAAAUUUAUCAGAUAUUGUUAAAGAUUUAACGGUGACGAACAAUGUUGUAACAAAUAUUGAAAAUUUAAAAACAGUUGAACCUGAAGAAAUAAAGACAAAAUUGAAGACUGAAAAGGAAAUAUUAAAAACUAUGGUUUCUUUGUCUGUUAUGGACAAUGAUAUGAAUGUAAAUUCUAUUCAGAAGAACAGUUUGAGCAAUAGCAAAUUGAAUAUCGUGAAAAAUACAUUGAGUAUAAAUAUGCCUAAUAAAAUAAAUGUGCCAGAAUAUUCAUUCGGAGAUGCGAAAAUUCAAAAGUUUUUCCAGGAUUCUAUGAAAGUUUUUGAUGGUUGUUAUGAAAAGGAUUUUGCCAAUAAUUCAGAAUUACAAUGUUUGCUUCAACAAUUAGAUAAGAAGUGGAAUAUGUAUCCUGAUCAAUCUGAUCAGGAGGUAUUAAUAUCAUCAUUAAUACCUUUAAAUCAAAAAGAUCAAGUUAAUCACUCAAUACAAAUACAAGACUCAAAAAUUGCUUCUGUUAGUAAUUUCGAAAAGAUAAAGAGAUAUGAAUCAAAAUCAAAAUGUUCCACAAGCGAACACACAUCACAAAUUGUGCAAGUAAACGAGCCAUAUUUUGACAAUAAUUCAUAUGAUUCUCAAAAAUCCAGUUCCAUUAGUAUGAAGGAUGUGUUCACGCAAACCGGCAAUAAUGUAAAAAGCUCCUCCAACCUUAGCCUCACAAAUGGAAAGAAAUUACGCAAGAAAUUCUUCUUCUCACGCAAACGAAAAGAAUCAAGAAACGUUUCUAAUAUUAGUAUGCACGAUGACAGAAUCGAAUCACGAAGUUCAAUAUUCUUAAAGGAUCAUGUUAAAUCCCUUACACAUCAGAGAUCUAACAAUCAAAAGAAACAGUCCAAUUUGAUGAAAUGCCAAUCCGACGAGUCCUGUGUCUGUAAAAUGACAGACAGCAUGCAUUCACUUUCAGAAUCAAAGAAAGAAGAAAUUAAAAAAUGCGCCAAAUGUAAAGUGGAAACUUUUGCCACGAUUCCAUUGUCACAGGUGGUUCGUCCAUCUAUGUUUGACGCGAUGAUAUAUCGCAAGAAACCUCCUAUGUAUCCAAAGAAGACUAAGAACGAACUUUCCAUUCAAUCCAAUGCCUCUAACACAAAUUCGAAGAAAAUAUCGCCGUUCAAGAAACUUUUGGAAACAUCUAAGAAAUCAACAGAAAAACAAUCGUCCCAUACGAAAAAGUUCAAUUGGAAGAAUAAAAUAGAAUCGUUGGUGGAUAGGGAAGCUCGAGAAAUGAGAGCUUUGAAAGCUUAUAAUGAAGUCACUUUGGUAAAAUAUAAGAAGGAAUUGGAAGCUAAAAAGAAAUUAACAUCAGGAAAAAGCAUGAAUCCUGAUGCUAAUCCUGAAACUUCCAAAGAUCGAUCUUCGUCUUCAAAGAAGACUAACUUAACUGAACGUUCGAAGAAAAUUCAUAAAACUAUAGAAUCGUUUUAUGAACGUUUUCACGAUGACUAUAUAGACAAAGAGAACUUUACUGUGGAUGCAACGACAGAAACAGAACCGUUGUUCCAUAUCCCUAUUAAAACGCCAAGUGUAAAAAUUCAUAACGUUUCGAACGAGAAGUAUUCUUGCUCAAAAUUGUCCAAAGUCAACAAAGUGACUGACAAGCUAUUGGAUAAUUUUGAUAGGCUGCAUGGUGGACAAGCGAAACAAGAUACGAAGAAGAACAAACAAACUGGUGAAAUAGAUAUAAGAAAACAGUACACUAAGUACAGCAAACCGAAAAAAUUGCCAGACGAUGAUUAUACUUCGAUACUAUCUAUGAAAAAGUUAGAAGGUACGCAGAAAGGUCGUGAAUUGGAGAGGACACCUGCUAAGGAAAAUGUCAGAGAUUACUUGGAGAGUAUGGAAGUGCCAUCUAAUGAUCAAUUACUUUGUUUCGAAUCUCGCAUAGAUAGCACAAAUAUCGCGGGACCUUCAAUUAAGGGCGAUCAUAAUAAGCAAUCUUCGUUAAUGGAAGGUGUGGAUUUUGGUGCACAAACUGGCAAUUUAUUAACAACGAUAAAGUCUACUAUCUUUCAAAAAGUUACUUCAUCAUGGUCCUCUAGCAGUAUUGAACAAAGUACAAAAGAACCACAAGUACAUGAUUAUCAAGCUCAAUUUCCAAGUCAGAUGUUUGAAAUCAAAUCAGUACAAGAACUUAAUUAUAAGGAUGAAGAAGAAACAACUUCAGAAAUCCUAAAUUAUGAGAAUAUAAUAGAAUUAUCAGAAACAAAAGAUCAAAUGGAAAUAAAACCAGUUCAAAGCGCAGAAGAAAUAGAAGAGAUCAGAAGGAGUAGCCUCGAAGUAAUGUCGAGUGAACCUCAAAUAAGAGAAACUUCGUCAAAUUUUAGAAAUUUCAGAAGAAACAUUAAUAUGAGCUACGUCGGUAAUGGUGUCAUUUUAAGCAAUUCUAAUUCUCCAAGGGGAAAUCCACGUCCAUGGGACAUAGUGGAUGAGGAUACAAUUAGAAUGCUUCACAACGCUUUUUCUUAUCGAUCUGUGGAUACUUCUUUCGAUUUCUUCCGAGAAAUUCUGAUGGUAGAUGGCGAGACUAUCAGAAUGCUCCACAACGUAUUCUCUUACCAAUCAUUUAACGCCUCAUUAGACUUUCCACGAGAAAUUCUGACAAUUGAUGAUAUUUUAAAUAGAUCCUUGGAAUAUCCAAUCGAUGAAUUUAUUUUUCAAUCUGACAGAGAAUUCAUGGGACUUACCAUGGAACAACUUCCUCCAAUGUCUUACGAACAUCAUCAUGCUAUUUUCACUACCAUACGACAAUUUCAAAAUUUGGACGAAGAGGAUCAAGAAGAUGGUAUUUGCGAUUUAUACAUCACUACUAUCGAUCACGAAGAUUUGCCUAUCGAAAUGGAGGCCACGGACGAGUUUGAUGACGAUGAUGAAUUCAUUAAAGAAGACAUCUUCACGAAUAUUAAAUUUCCUAUUGUGGUCAAAUGGACUGAUUUGAUACCUAAUUUUUCAUCUAUGGAAAAUAACGAAACUGAAGAGCUCGAUAUCGUGCUUAAGGAAACGGAACUUAGUAAAAUAAAUUUGUUUUCUUUGAAGGAUGACAAUUAUGAUAAACUUACUUAUUUCGGGAAGAAUUUGGAGAAUUUAUUUCCGAUAGAACGUUGUAUAACUUAUGAAGUGCUGGAAAAAGUUCAUAAAGAAAAUGAAAUUGUCGAUAAUGAGGAAACGAAGAAAAUCGAGAAGAGCGAAGAAAUUAUUACAAUCAAAGAUAUCGUAGAUCUUAAAGAAGUUGAAGAAAUGUGGAAGCAUAAACACAUCGAGAUUGAGGAAGAUGUUGCCUAUCAAAUGAUCGAAGAAAACGUCAAUGAAACGAGUUUUAAAGAAAUUUAUGUUGACAAGGAUAUCCAAUUAACGGACAACGAGAACGAAAAUAACGAUUUGCGAACGACAGAUGAAGAGAUGUACGAAUGCGAAGAAAAUAGUAUCGAUAUCGAUGUAAAAUCAGAUUUUGAGGUUAGAGAAGAAACGAUUAAAGAAGAGGUUAAAGAGAUUAAAGAGAUUAAAGAAGUUAUAAAGGAGGUUAUAAAGGAGGUUAAAGAGGAGAUUAAAGAAGAGAUUAAAGAGGAGGAAAAAGAAGAACAAUUGUCUUUGUAUACUAUCUUCACUUUUGGACUAGUUGUCUUUUUCACCGAUUCAGAAUUCAAUUUCGAUUCCAAUGUGCACAAAACGUCCUGGACCAAUUUAAAGAUGAUACAUGGGCAUAGUUCAAAAGAGAUAGGAAACGAAGUGAAAAGGAUUGAAAUUCAUUCGAUUUUCAUGUCUGAUAACAAUUUGAUUAAUAAUUCGUCGAACAAUCAAUUGGAAAAUGAAAUAGAUAUUUGUUUGGACGAGAAAUUAGAAUCGCUUUCUCCUCAUUACAGCCUGGUCAGGAAUAGCAGCCAAAUGAAUAUAAUCGAAUUUUACGAAAAAGAUAACAAGCUUCAAUUCAUCGAACCUGAUCUCAAGUUGUUAGAAUUGCGCCUUGCCCAGGAAGAGAUAGAGACACUUCAAUACAAAGACGAUGAUUCGAGUUCAACGAAAUCAUUGCAACACGAGAAUGAAACAAAGUUGUUCGAAGAGUCGUCGUACAAUUCUUACGCGAAGGUAAAAAUAAGCGAGAGAGAACUUCAAAAGAAUCACUCUAUAAGUCGAAAAAAUAGUCCAAGAAAAUCGGAAUUAUCCGUUUUCUACGAAAUUCCGGUAGAACACGAAGAAUUGGAAGAGCAACACUACGUUUCCGAAAAAGUUAUUUUUUCCAAGCGAAAUGAGCAGGUUGAAGAGGUUAGGUUAUCCGGAAUGGAACAGAACAUCAAGCAACCAUCGAAUUUGGCACAAUUUAUGGAAACUACCGACAGUUUCGACUCGACUUAUACCAAAAUUUCCGAAGUCUCGAGAAACACUGUUUCCGUAGAUUUGAACAAAUCGUCGAUGGAAGAUUUCACGAUAGGAUCGAACGAGUCGUACGAGUCGCACGAGUCGAAUCAGUCGAACGAGGACAGAUGA